AGAGGCUGCUCCAACAAGGUCGACCCUCCAACAACAAUAUUAUUAAAAGGGGAAAAAAAGAAAAUACGAGCCAUAUAACAGUCCUGGUGGCCUAGCUAGUGGUUACAGUAACGUGUCUUUGCCAGUGUGAGUUCACACCAAGUCCAAAUAAUUGCAAUGGAUGGGGAUGGGAGCAGUCUCCUGGGUCUGCCCAUUGUGGGAGCCUGCUUGCUGGACGAUGUGGGGCUAACAAGCUCUCAUGGGGGUCGGAACAGGGGAGGGCGGCAGAGAGCAGUGGACAGCCUUCUCCCAGACCCUGACCACCAGACCAACAAUAUAGCCACCAUCGAGUCUGGUGGUAUGGACUUCGAGUUUGUCAGCUCAGACUUGGUUCCUGUUCCAGAGUUCAGUAUCGACAAUAGCUCGGUGUUUGGGAUAUCUGAAACGGGAAUGAGUGAAAGUGAGCGAGAUUGUGACGACCUGUUAAAAGACACCCAGUGUUUUACCUCCAGUGGCGUAUGUAGACCUGGGGACCAACUCACAUCUGGGGGUGUGGCUGUGUUACCCAGCAGUGCUGUCAUGGAGAUGUACAGGAGUGUUGGUCUAAGGCUGCAGAUCAUCCCCCUGAAUAAUCUGCAGUACAUCUCCACCAUUCAGACCAGUACAGGGAUGCAUAUCUUGGCUGUACCUUCUGGUACAAGUGUAAGCGAUCUGGGAAGGUUAGUUGAAUCUCCUAAUGUUUCAAUACUAGACAGCUGUGAAUUGGAGACGACACAGGAGUGCAACAGCAAUGUCAGUAACCUUUGCUGCCCUUCUCUGCACUGUGGCUCGUACCUUUCUCACACGGAUGGCGCAACUUUCACAUCAAGUCAGUCAGAUGAAAUCACAACUGUAAAAGAUAUGUGUAAAACCCUGGUCACCCCAAAUGUCGGUGACACAUGCAAAAAUAAAUCUUGUACAGGCAAUCAUACUCUUAGUAAAUGGACAGAUAAUGAAGCCAUAUUAAACUUGCACGCAGCAGGUUUAAUGAAUGGAGCAAAUUUAGAAACGACGAAUAAAAGUGUUAAAAUGGUUUCACUUUUGAACUGCAGUGACAUCAAAAAGGUUAAAAUAUCAAGAAAAACUAAAAUACAGCUUACAAUACCUGUCAAAACACAAAACAACUUAAAAAAUAAAGGAGAACAAAAGAAUAAAUCCAUUGAAAUAAACUUCUCUUCUGAGAACCCAGAAACAAAUGUACAGAAAUUUCCUAAAUCAUGUGUUAAACAGCCAAAUUUUAUUCCAUUGAGCAAAGUCGAAGAGAUUGAUGGCAUGACCGUUUUAAAUCCUUUGUCUAGUUCUGAGAAAGAAAUUCCAUUUGCAAUACACAAUCAUCAAUCAAGUGAAAGUGAACCCCUUCGAGUUAUUGAUGAACAAGAUUCAAAACUGAUUUCAUAUCUCUCAGAUGCUGUAACAAAAUCUGAAACGGCUGAUGUUGGUAUCAAUAACUGUCAAAACAAUCCAAAAGAAUGUUUUCUAAAAUGCCUUAGAUGUCCAGCAAAGUUUAUGCGAAAAGGAAAUCUAAAACGGCAUACUAAAACACACGUGUUAUUUACUGACUCAGAAAUUAAUCCAACAAAUCCAAUUAACACAAGUGAGAAUUUAACAAAAUUUAUUACCUGUAAUUCAAAUAAAAUGGAAUUAAAUUGCAAAAAGAAUCCUUGUACAGAGUUCUCAAGUACAAACAAAAUUAAAUCAUGUGAUAUGAAAUUAGUUGAUGACAAUUUACAGUCUUCAAAGUCAGACGAAACCACAACAUCUUCCUUGGAGUUUGAGAAUGAGGAAACUGAGCUUUCUAAGUAUGAAUGUGAACUAUGUCAGAUGAAGUUUAUAUCCCAUGGAAAUCUGACACGCCAUCUUCUCACUCAUUCCAAGUCUCUUAUGUUACAAGGGCGAUACAGCUGUAAGAUAUGUGGGCGGGGCUUUCUGCAGCGCUGUGACCUGACCAGACAUCAGCUGACCCACACACACCAGUUCCCCUACACUUGUGAACUAUGCAGGAAAGGUUUCGUGCGACGGAGUGACUUGCUUGUUCACAGACAGUAUCACGAAGGCAAGAAGAAUCAUCUGUGCUCACAUUGUUCCAAGUCUUAUUUUAAGAAAGGUGACCUUUUACGCCAUGUGCGCCACUCCCACAGUGACUCGUGCAGUCUGACAUGUGACACGUGCGGCCAGCCAUACAACUCCAGGAAGUCACUACAGCUACAUGUGCGCCUCAAGCAUGCUUGACAAACAUCAAGCAGGCAGAUUGAUAAACCAUCAAGCCAACUGGAUUUCAAUAUUCAUAUCUGUUAAACCAAUAAAAUGACGGAUAUGGCUUAAUGCCGCGAACAGAUGUAAGAUUAUGGACUUGAUUUCUAUUGAAACUUUUCUUAAAAACCUUGACCUUAAUUAAAAAGCAGGCAUAAUCUGACUUUAGUGUGACUCCCAAGUCAUUGUGCAUUGGAGAGAGAGUUUUGAUGUGUAAUGUGCUGGAAUAUCAUGUUAGCUAUUUCUUUAGGAACACCAAAAUUGAGAACUGUUCUGGUAAAAGAGAACCUAACUUUAAAUAGCUGUGAUAUGUAUGGCUGAAUUUAUUUAACUAUUCAGCAAACUCUUGUCUCAAAACCAUUGGACAUUUGUUAGUUGAAAUAUGAAAGAUCUGCAGACAACAGGUUUGAUGAAAAUAAAAAUGCCCAAAAGA